UUCUUUUCCUCGGACAUUCUCAACGUCAUUUGCCUGCAAAACAAUCGCCAAAUGUUUUGUUACCCAAAUUACCCUGAAGGAUAUUGAUAAUUCCAUCCAUAUCCAUGUAAUGCCAACUCAACCCAUUUCUGUUACCCAAAUUGAGACGCGCAUCAAACUGGGAACCACGACUCCAAGGAUCGUAGAGGUUCGCUCACAGCCAACAAAAUCUCACCAUUUCUCCUCAUCCCCAAACCCAUCAUCUCCAGUCCCUACUCUACAUCUGUACUGAAAAUAUUAUUUUCUUUUCUUACUCCACGACUUGGUUUUGGACUUGGACUUGGCCAUCAGUCAUCACCCCCGGUGUAGUGUAUGCAGAAGAUAUACCUAGCUAGGUCCAAGCGUCCUGGUCGAGUGGAAGUUCUCUGGCUUUCUAUAGUGAGUUGUUGAAUUAUUACACGGUGGCGGCUCUUGGUGCCAUGCCUGCUAUGAACAAGAAUUCUGAGCGAAGUCACAUUGGGAACGUAUUCAACAAGUUGCUGAAGCAGAUUGGAAAUCCUGUAGAUUUUGAACUUCCAGAUUGGUUUAAUAAAUGGAAACCGAUGCCCUACACUUUUAUAAAGCGCAAUAUAUAUCUCACGAAGAAGAUUAAAAGACGACUUGAGGAUGAUGGCAUAUUCUGUUCCUGCAGCCCAUCACAAGGGUCUUCUAGUGUUUGUGGUAGAGAUUGCCAUUGUGGGAUGCUUCUGUCUAGCUGUUCCUCAGUCUGUAAAUGUGGAAGUUCCUGUCUGAACAAACCAUUCCAGCACCGGCCUGUGAAGAAGAUGAAACUGGUGCAGACUGAGAAAUGUGGUUCUGGAAUUGUGGCGGAUGAAGAUAUUAAGCAAGGAGAAUUUGUGAUAGAAUAUGUGGGAGAAGUUAUUGAUGACAAAACAUGCGAGGAAAGGCUAUGGAAUAUGAAACACCGUGGAGAAACAAACUUUUACUUAUGUGAAAUCAAUCGAGAUAUGGUUAUUGAUGCCACAUACAAAGGAAACAAGUCGAGAUAUAUAAACCAUAGUUGUUGUCCUAAUACUGAGAUGCAAAAAUGGAUAAUCGAUGGCGAAACAAGAAUUGGUAUAUUCGCAACUCGUGACGUAAAAAAGGGAGAACACCUGACCUAUGAUUAUCAGUUUGUUCAAUUUGGUGCAGAUCAAGAUUGCCAUUGCGGUGCACGUGGUUGUCGGCGAAAACUUGGUGUCAGACCUACCAAGCCAAAGAUGUCAUCAGUUGCUGCUUUGAAACUAGUAGCAUGUCAGGUGGCUGUGUCCUCUCCCAAAUUGAAAGCAAUUCUUUCUGCUAAAGACGUUUAUCAGAACGGGGGUCUACAUAUAGGAAAUUCACAACCUUUCCAUAACCAAAGAGGUACACGUUCUUGUAAUUGCAUUGGUGAAGUGAUUCGAAUAAGUCGCCCCACGAAUCAGAGAUCCUUUGGGAUUAUCAAGCGGUUUGAUAGAUAUUCCAAAAAACACUCAAUCAUGUUUGAAGAUGGUGGCAUCGAAUUCCUUGACAUGUCAAAAGAAGAAUGGGAACUUGUAACACUGUGAUAUGAUUGUGAGGCAAGUGCAAAUUAUUCCUUUAUUAAUGCAUUUUAUAUCCUCAUCCUCAGUCCCUUGUUCCCAAAUUUUAUCCAUACGAUGUCUCACACUCGUGUUUGCUAACUCUUUGCACUUUCUAAGCAAAGUUGUCAUGAGAAUUAAACAAAACCUAUGAUAUGAGAGGGCUGUUCUUGCUUUGUUUGGUCAGACAUGAGCACUGGGUUCUACCAGUACCAAGGCUAGAUCUACUACUUAAUUCGGUAUAAGCAUACAUACUGAUACGUACAUACUUACAUAUGGCCUGUGUGACUAUAAUAUAGUUUUUAAGGGUACUGGGAAGGGGAGAGGUUUUGGGGGUUCUGUGGUGAGAUUGGGAGGACAAAAUUUCAAAGAAAUGCAUUGCAUCUUUGAUUUUGCAUGGAUGUGUUGCCGUACCUCCACUUCCAUUUUAAUGGAGAAUUUGCGACAUGCGCUUAUUUCAGACAUAGUUUUGUAGGUUUUAUAUGAACUUCAAGGGAGUUGCUGGAGUUGGGGGGCCCUGGCCACAUCAGGCCUAUGUGUGGUUCUGCCCAUGACUUUAUCGACAUUUGUGUUCAUGUAUCCACUUGAGCCUUGUGU